UUACACUUUAAAAAUUAAGUUGUCCUAUGUCGUGCUUACUUUAAAACUUUGAAUAUUAUUAACGCAUUAUUGUUUAAAUUCAAUACAUUCGUUAAUAUGAAUAAUUCUUAUACGAAAAACAUUAAUGUUUUCUUUUUGAUAACGGGCAUUUAUGUUUAUCUAUCGCUCUCUAUCAAAAUUUUAACUGCAUCAAAUCAAUUAUCGUACAACGAAACAGAGAAAUUGUUUGAAACCAAUUAUAUUCAUCUAACGGUAAAUGCUAUUGGUUCAUCAACUAUUGAUGUAGGGUGGUUACCAGUAUUAGAUAUUAAUAAUAAAUCUAUGAACUAUUUAGUAAGUUAUUCAAAUCAUCAAACUAGCGAAAUAAUAAACACCAGCACAACACGAUUAAAAUUAAAUGAUCUAAUAGAAUGCACUACAUACAUUAUAACUGUAAGGUGCAUUUUCAUAACUGAUGAUAAAAUUGUACUUGGACCCUCUACAACUAAAGCUGUAUCAACACUAAGUAUUAUUCAAACAGAAACAAUUAAUAAUUUUUCCGUAAGUGUAUAUAGUCGAGCAGCAAUAUUAUCUUGGAAUAAUUUUUUGGAAAAAUCAACUUGUUCAAUUAAUUAUAGAAUAUCAUGGUCUCGAUCGCAAGAAACACACUUAAAGGAACAAUUAUUUACAGAAAAUAAUUUUUAUUAUAUGAACAAUUUGGAGCCUUGUACCCAAUACACGGGUUAUAUUAUACCUGUAGAUAGGAUAGUCGACAAAGGAAAAUCAACUCGAUUCAAUUUUACUACCAAACAUGAAAUUACUGGGACGGUAGAAAAUUUAUCUUAUGUUACCAAUGAGCCCAGAAGUUUAUUUCUCAGUUGGAAUGCACCAAAGAAUUUUCCUCUUUGUGUAAAUUUUUUUCGGAUUGUUUACUGUGGUAAUAAUUUCGAUUGCUCAUCACUGAAUACUCAAAAUAACCAUAUAAAACUUACACAGUUAAAACCAAAAACAUCUUACAUAAUUUUAGUGUUUCCUGUUAUGUUAAAUAAUGAAGAUGGAAUCCCUGCUAGAAUCGUUGCUACGACAGAAACUGAAACACCUGAGGUUCCUCUUAAUUUAUCAGUGAUAUUUGUAUCUCCUACAUCUAUGCUUGUUCAGUGGGCAUCAUAUUCGUCAAACAGGAAUAUUAUUGCAUAUCGAUUAAGUGUAAGAUUUAAAAACUAUGUCUAUGAAGUACCAAAAUACUGUUCUUUUAAAAAUCAAGAUCAAUGGACAUAUAACAUAAAUGUAGAACAAAAUAGCGAUGAAUUUGAAGAUAAAUUUAAAAAUACAGGAUUAAAAGAAUUCCGAUAUGAAAUCAAAAAUGAUUUUAAACCAGCUAGUGAAUAUCAAAUAGAGUUAUUUGCAAUAACGGACUAUGAAUAUGGAAAUUCUUCAGCUACAACAAUAAUUACUGCACCGUCAAGUAGUUCACAAGUAGUAGACUUAAAAGUUUUAUCAAUAACUUCGAAUUCAGUAACAAUUAGUUGGAAACAUCCUUGUGAACCAAAUGGUAGGAUAGCGUUCUUUCAUAGCACUACAAUAGGAGAGAGAUAUGCAUAUGAUAGUCAUAUUUUUGGUAUAAAAUAUGACAUUAUGGGAAAUAAAAAAACAUAUGAAUAUAAUGUUACAAACCUGCUACCUGCAUAUAAUUAUCGUUUCACAGUUGCGGCAAUUACAUAUGACGUCGAAGUAGUAGGGCAAGACAAUUCUAUACUUUUUACUACAUUAUCAACGAGUCCUAAUUUGCCAUCUAAAUAUGAUACUCAUCGUUAUCUAAGAGUUACUGUAUAUGAAAACUAUUUAACAAGAGUUCGAGUGAAUAUUUCUACCAAAUUAUUUUCAAACCUAAAUGGAACAAUUAGGUCCUAUUCUAUAAUUGUUCUUCAAGAUGGUGGUUUUCCUGAUAUACCAGAAAGAGGCGAGCGCAAUGAUCAGGACAAAUGGCCUCCUGAAUUAAAAACUUGGGCAAUGGCAGCUCCUUAUCCUUUUAUACUAGCUUAUCAAACUACUCCAAAUGGUUGGAUGCCCUUUAAUGUUUUAGAUCAAACCGAUGAUCAAGCGAUUUUUGAUAUUGGCGUUGAUGACUCUUGUCAUAUAAGUGAUGUAAACAUCUAUUGUAAUGGUCCACUAAGGCCAGGUACGAAUUACAGGAUGAAAUUGAGAGUUUUCACCGAUCACGGAUUUCAAGAUUCUUGGACUGUACCUUUUACGACACCCGGCAAGUAUACUACAAUAUAUUAUUUGAUAUUAUGCAGUGUUCUUUUAGCAAUACUGAUAACAACGACUGGAAUAUGUUGCGUUUUAAACAAAAAAGUACCAUGGACAGUACGUAAAACUAUACAAAGAUCAGAUGAUAACUCUAAAUUAUCAAGCGUAAUGAGCUAUCAAGAGUUGCUGGAUAAAAAUCCUCAGCAAAUCGAGGCGGAAUUCAAUAUUUUGACAAUGCACAUGAAACCUAUUGCCUCAAUGGAUAUUGCAUUGAUGCCUCAGAAUAAAUCAAAAAACCGAUAUACCAAUAUACUACCUUAUGACUAUAACAGAGUUGCAAUUAAUUCCAAUGAUGGUAACUACAUAAAUGCAUCAUUGAUUGAAGAUUCUAAAGGAAUUUUACAAUAUAUUGCAAGUCAGGGUCCUACAAAAAAUACAUGCGCUGAUAUGUGGCAGAUGAUUUUGGAUUUCGAUAUUUCUGCAAUUGUUAUGUUAUGUCAUAUAACUGAACAAGGAAAAAUAAAAUGUGAAAAAUAUUUUCCUGACAACCAAGAAAAGCUAGUGUUUGGUAAUAUCUAUGUAAAUAAUGAUAUUAUGAUUGUCGACAAUGAGCACUCUUACACUACUAGAAUAAUUACAAUUAAAAAAGAAGAUAAGGAGAAAACCAUCAGACAUUUUCAGUUUCAUAAUUGGCCAGACUUUGGUGUCCCUAGCGAACCGUCUGUAAUGGUGAAAUUUUGCCAAAUAGUACAAGCAAAAGCUCCAGCUGGUAUAAUUGUAGUGCAUUGCAGCGCUGGAAUCGGUAGAACAGGAACUUAUAUAGCAUGCGAUAUACUUUUACGACAAAUUCACGAAAAAAGUAAACUUGAUGUUUUGAAAACAGUUUUGAAGUUACGUAAGCUCAGGGCUAACAUGGUUCAAACACAAGCUCAAUAUGAAUUUGUGUAUAGUUGUUUAGCAUUUUAUAUUAGGCAAUAUUUGAUGCCUACAUCAGAUAACACAGUGUUCAUUAUUUGGUUUUUAGUGAACAAUAAACGAAAAUCAUCUCGAACGAAUACAAGCAAUAAUAGCUCAGGGUUUACAUAACUUGAAACUAUAUUAAAUACACAAACACACUUAAACUAAAUUUUGCAAACCAUGUUUAGUUUAAAUUUUUAAUAUUUUUUUUUGUAUAGAAGAAGUUGAAAUGAAAUAAGUAAUAGGUUAAUAUUUUAAUUAUGUAUUCACUUUAUUUCCUACUAUGAAAAUAUACGUUUUUCAAAUUUGAAAUAAGAUUAAGUCAUUUCUUCAGUUAUAAUUGUACCAGUCUUAAAUAGUUUUAAAUUUAAUAUAAUAUUUCUUUAACAAUAUUAUAAUAUAUAACAUUAUAAUAAACUCAUUGAAAUGUUAUUUUAACUUAUUUUGGUUUAAAUGCUAACUUGAUUCUUGUCAAAUAAACAGAUAAUAUUUGUCUCUUAACUUUUAUAUUUAUUAUAAAGUUUAUUUUUCAUAAAAAAUAAUUAUACCUCAAUAUUACAAUGGGGGUGCGGUGUGCCGUCACUUAGUCGCUGUCAUAGCGUGAUUUUCAGCUACACAACUUUCCGGAUGGCUCUAUACUGGAUUUUUAAAUUUUUUUUUUUUAAUUAAUGUAUUAGAUUUUAUUUAACCCUUUAUAAUGUUCUGUUAAAAUUAAUCUUUUUAAAUAACUAUUUAAUGAAAUACAGAAAAUCAAAAGGUUGUACAUAGACAAAUUAAGAAUAAAUUAUUUUCUAUUUAAUCCAGCUGGAUUAGUUGUUGGUUUUGUCAAGAAAAAUAAGCGUCCCGAUUUGUAUAAUCAAGCUUGGUGUGUUUUUUUUACAUUUUCUUUCCAAUUUUUAUUUUAUCCUUAUGAAAUUAGCCAAACAUAAAAUAUAUAGAUUCUUUUAUCAAAGUUUUAUUUCUUAACGAAUAACAAUUUUAUUAUUUUAACAUGUUAACAUUUAAAUUAAAAUAACUCUUGUAAACUUUUAAUCUAAACGUAUGCGUUAUUUGUUUAUUGCUUAUAAUAUACACUAUUAAAUUGUAGAU